CUGGCCAAAUCAACGAUGACCCUCUGUGUGCUUUCGAAAUGAAGUUAUGGGUCUGCCAAAGACCCCCAAAAUUCAUCCCAACGGCCGUUUUCUCGUGGGGAAGCCGUUGGGGGUGCCCGCAAUUUUCAGGUCCAACUUCGGAGUUGGUCAAGAUCUGCGGAGUGGCUAAUGAAGAUGAACCUCCAACGAAGCUUAUGAGGGCACUAAGAGACAUCCGCGGGCUCCAAUUCCCCUGCCCCGUCUCUGAUAUCUUCCCUUGAGAAAGUGGAUGUCAUCUCGCAGGAUUUGGAGGAUUCUGACAGGACAACCCACUCUUGGCGCCUUCUUCAUUGGACUUUGACAUGCAAAUCUCUCGGCGGGGUUCCAGCAUCCCUGUUGCCUUGUCUGGUCAGAUGUGGAGUUUAGUAUGCUCUGCGACUUCAAGCAGACGGGAGGUCGGAUAGACGCGUUAAACCAAGGGACUCGUCGUUCCCCCUGAGCAAUGAUGAACGGUGUAUAAAGGGCAGCCGGUGCCAUUUGACUUUCGAGCCUUCUUUUCUAUACUCUCUCAAGAAGCUCUUCGCGUUUUCCUCGAUUUCUACCCCCAGUCAUUCCUUUUCCGGUUUCUAUACCGUCCAUUCAUUACAGCUUUUCAAGCAUCAGUCACUCUCUACAACAAGAUGAAGUCUUUCGCCAUCUCCGCUGCCAUUCUGGCAUCCACCGUCGCUGCUCUCCCCACCAACAUCAUCCCUGGUGCUGCUUCUGGUGUCCUCCCCUCCGGCAUCCCCACCUGCCUGCCCUCCGGCAUCAUCCCCUCCGGUGUACCCAUUCCCUCGGGCAUCCCGACCUGCAUUUCUUCUGCCUCUGAUGCUCCCAGCGUCGGCACCGGCUUUGCCAACUCCCAGGUCUCCACUGGGCAGGUCCACAGCGUCCUGACCGUCACUGAUCAGGCUUCUAAGCUCGUUCUGGUUGAGCUUGAGCCCACCGUUGCUGGCCUCCUGUCCGGCCUCAACCUGGGCGGUGUUACCCAGUCCGUUGGCCAGAUCAUCCAGGUUGCCCCUACCGUGGGCGCCCUCAACCUGAACGGUGCUACCGGUGGUCUCCUGACCGUUGCUACCAGCGAGGGCUCCGUCGCUCUCAUCAAGCUCACUUCCACCGUUGAGGGUCUCCUCUCCGGUCUGGGCCUCCCUGAGGUUGGCUCGCUCGUUGGCUCGCUUGUCGGCACUCUCGAGGGUGUCGCCUCCGGUCUCACUGGUAACAUGAAGCGUGACCCCGUCUCCAACGUCAUGACUAUCACCGACCUUGCUGGCAACCCCCUCCUCGUCCAGGUUGAGCCUACUGUCCUCUCCCUCCUCGGUGGCCUUGACCUGUCCAACGUCCAGGGUGCCGUCGGUACCGUCGUCGCCGAGGUUCCCGCUGUCUCUGGCCUCGCCGCUGCUGCUCAGGGUGUUGCUGCCGACCCCACGCAGCUCUUUGGUGUCCUCGGCCAGGACGGCGCAUCUGCUCUCCUCGUCAAGGUUGAAGGCACUGCCACCGGCCUGCUCUCCCUGCUCGGCUUGUCCAGUCUGACCUCCACCAUUGGCAGCGUCGUCCCCGCUGGCCUCCUGUAAAUGAGCCUCAUCUUCUAAUUACCCUUGAAGGGAGUUCGUCGUUCGCUUCUAUGGGUUCUCUAUUGAUGUGUAUUGAGAGUUCUGCUGCUAUAGCUUGACUAUCGAGCCUAUGCAUGCAAAAACGAUUGGAUAUGAGGAGUUCCCCCUUAUUUUAGUUUCUGUCAUCUAUUCGCCCUAUACCUAUUAUAUGUGAAAGCGUGAAGCUUUGUGAAAUUUUGACACUGGUUUGGAAGAUUGA